AUGGAGACUGGGGAAUCAGAGAGAAGGAAGCUUCAAGAUACUCCUCCUUGGGUCCCCGUCCCUGCCACCCCUUUGAAACCCAUUGUUUCAAGACCAAUGCCGAUCUGGACUCCUGAAGUGGGAAAGCAGUUGUUUUAUCAUUCCAAUGGGAUACAUGCAGUGUUUGAUCCCUCAGCAUCUGCAGAGAUGAACAACUGGCCUCUCCACCGCUCAGAACCUCCAGCUUUGGCCCAUCACAAUGCCAAAACUCCCUUACACACAUCUUUUGACAUUCCCAGUUCAAGCAACAGCAUUGCUGAACUUUGGACAGGGGCAGAUAAUCCAUUCGCAUUUUUUAAUGUAACAAACGAAGAGCUUUUAAACCAAUUUGUUUCUCCUUAUCAUCCACAGUUCAACCCCACCUUUACAUCAUUUGAUCAUCAUCCACUACUCCCUCUUGAACAACCGUUUGUCAAUCCCAUCCAUAACCAGUAUCCAGAUCUCCCUGGUAAGAACAAUCAAUUUUCUUUUAGAGUUUCUAUGUGA